UAUUUCAAGUCACCUCCCCAGACAACUUCCUCUGCGCAAGGGAAUUUUUCCCAGUGCUGGGAUCAGAGAGAAGCCUCGGGAAAUUGGCACAGGUCAGAAAGGCUUGUGGGAAAUCACCCAAGGAAGAAAGUGGAUGACUCUAUUAAUGGUGGGGGAGGAGACAAGGAUCCCAGAACGCAGCAGGCAAAUCGCAAGGAGGAGACACCCGGGCACUGCCUCCAAUUUGGGAAAGGAUUAAUUCUAAAAUCACAACUUGUGACACCUCAGACAUUCCAUACUGGAGAGAAACCCCUUCAAUGCUUGGACCGUGGCGAAAGCUUCACUAGCCACUCAGAUCUUAAUGACCAUGGGAGAAGCCACACUGGAGAGAAGCCCAUUCAAUGCCUUGAGUGUGGGAAAUGUUUCAGUUCUAAGUCAGCACUAAUUUCACAUCAAGGAAGCCACACAGAAGAGAGACCCCAUAAGUGCUUAGACUGUGGGAAAAGUUUCAUACAAAGGUCAAAGCUUGUUAAGCAUCAGGCAAUCCACACAGGAGAGAGACCCCAUAAGUGCUUGGAUUGUGGGAAAAGCUUCAAGCAGAGGUCACACCUUCUUAGACAUCAGGCAAUCCACACAGGAGAGCGACCUCACAAGUGCUUCGACUGUGGGAAAAGUUUUAGAUACAGGUCCAACCUUUUUAGUCAUCAGGUAAUCCAUACAGAAGAGAGCCCUCAUAAGUGCUUGAACUGUGGGAAAAGUUUCAAGUGGAGAUCAGACCUUGUUAAUCAUCAUGGGAUCCACACAGGAGAGAGACCCUACAAGUGCUUGGACUGUGGGAAAAGUUUCAUACGGAGGUCAGACAUUGUUAAACAUCAGGCAGUUCACACAGGAGAGAGACCCCAUAAGUGCUUGGACUGUGGGAAAAGUUUCAAACGGAGGUCAGGCCUUAUUGAUCAUCAGUCAGUCCACACCGGAGAGAAACCCCAUAAGUGCUUGGACUGUGGGAAAAAUUUCACACGGAGAUCAGUCCUGGUUAAACAUCAGAGAAUCCACACCGGAGAGAGACCCCAUAAGUGCUUGGAGUGUGGGAAAAAUUUCAGAGAGAGAUCACACCUCAUUAAACAUGGGAGAAUCCACACAAGAUCUAAACUUCUGUGACACAUGACAAGAAAGGGUUAAACAGCUUGCAUGUAGUUGACUCAGGCUUGAUGUACACUAGUUUGUUAUUUCUGAAUUAGACGAGUUAAUUAAAAAAAAUCAUUCUGUCCACAUGA